CUGGUGUCUCUGAGCGCCCAGAACCUCGUUGACUGCACCAGGAGCUAUGGGAACAAAGGCUGCGGCGGCGGAUGGAAAAACAAAGCUUUCCAGUACAUCAUCGACAACCAUGGGAUUGACUCGGAUGCGUCCUACCCCUACACGGCUCAGGACGGUGUGUGCCGCUACAACCUGACGGCGCGGGCAGCCACGUGUUCCAGGUACAUCAAGCUGCCGCACGGCGACGAAGCGGUGCUGAAGGAUGCUGUCGCCAACGUGGGACCCAUCUCUGUCAGCAUUGAUGCCAGUCAGCCCACCUUCUUCUUGUACAAAACCGGUAUCUACUAUGACCCGAACUGCUCGCAGGUGGCGAAUCACGCUGUGCUCGUCGUCGGCUACGGCUCUUCAGGUGGGGAGGACUACUGGCUUGUGAAAAACAGCUGGGGCGUGCAUUUUGGCGACCAGGGCUACAUCCGGAUGGCGAGGAACCGUGGAAAUCACUGCGGGAUUGCCAGCUACGGUGCUUACCCCCAGAUCUAG